GAUAGAUACCCCCAUUAGGCUGAUGCCUCCCUACACAUAGAGACAGCUGAAGACAACAGAGAGACAGACAUCAAUCUGUGAUCACACAGAGACAGCUGAAGGGGAGGAGGGGGCGGUGCCUGACUUGCUGCUGCUGCUGCUGCUGGGCUCUGUGCACUGCACUCACUGCAGCUGGAAGUCAGCGCUGGACACUGCCAGGACUGUCUGCACCUUCCCCGGGCAGUGACUGCACCUUCCCUCGGGCACUGGCUGCACAUCCACCGGGCACUGGCUGCACCUUCUCUCCGGCCACUGGCUGCACCUUCUCCGGCCACUGGCUGCACCUUCUCCGGGCACUGGCUGCACAUCCACCGGGCACUGGCUGCACCUUCCCCGGACACUGGCUGCACCUUCCCCGGACACUGGCUGCACCCUCCCCGGACACUGGCUGCACAUCCUCCGGGCGCUGACUACCUUUUCCCGUGCAGUGUCUGCACCUCCCCCGGCACUGUCUGGACUGGGGGCUCCCCGCAUGUAGCUCCGCAAUAGCAGGAGGCACACUGCAUCGCACACUGCCUGCAGCUGGCACAGCACUUUGCCCUGGCACUCCUGAGCACAGAAGGUGAACUGGACAGUACGGAGUCACUGCACACCCCCGGGCACAGCACCCACACACCCUGCGGAUGGCACGCUGCUAGCGGACGCUGCUCCCUGCUGAUCCGGAGCCUAUGGAUGUCAGGAGGCGGCACUGGCAGUGAUAUGACAGCGGGGCAGUGAGCGACAGGCACCGGGUACAGGAUGGCAUCCCACGGAAAGCCGAGGAGGGACCGGACCGCAGACUAUGAGGGUCAGAUUAAAGAGAUCCGCAGCCAGCUAAUUGAGCAAGUAAAAUGCAUAGAUGCCCAGGUGGAUUUCCGCCAGCAGUUGCUGCAGGAUAUGAGCGAGUUCCUACGCAGGAAGGCAGAGAUUAACCUGGAAUACUCCCGCAGCCUGGAGAAACUGUGCGACCGCUUCUCUUCCAAAAUCCGCAACUCAAAGGAACACCACGGCUUCAGGAAAGAACAGCACCUCCUGUCACCUGUGAACUGCUGGUACAUGAUCCUAAACCACACGCGGCAAGAAAGCAAAGAUCACGCAGCACUCAAUGAUGUGUACACCUCACACCUCAUCCCGCGCUUCACACAUAUUGGAGAUGACAUCACCCGCCUCACAAAGAAGAGUAAAGACAUUGGAGUCCAGCAACAGGAGGAUUUGAUGAAGUUAGUGUCGGAGUUGCAAGGGGCCAUGAAGACGUACCAGCUUUACCACAACGACUGUCUGAACUCUGAGCACAAACUGAAGGAGGCAGAGAAGCAGGAAGAAAAGCGCACGGGCAAAGUCAGCGAGCAAACCGCAAGCUCGCCGGUGGCUGAGCGGGGGCAGAGGCGCAGCUCUCUGAAGAAGAGCGAGAGGCUUGUGGAGAAGAGGUUAAAGAAAUACUUGGAGAACAGUCAGAAGUGCACAAAGGCCCGCAAUGAGUAUCUCAUUAACCUGAACACCGUGAACUCCAACCUCAAUAACUACUACAUCCACGACAUCAGUGACCUCAUCGAUUGCUGCGACCUCGGCUUCCACCUGUCUGUGGGGAAGACGCUGCGCGUGUACUUGCAGGCUGAGGAGCGGAUCCAGGCCUCCAGGCACCAAGGCCUUCAGGCCAUUGAGGGGGCUGUGGAUAACUUAGAUGCCCUGGCAGACAAGAACAAGAUAAUGGAGAUGCGCAGUGAUGCCUUCUGCCCCCCAGCACGGUUUGAUUUCCAGCCCCAUGAGGGAGAUGAGGUAUCUGAAGUUCGGUCUGAGCCGCUGUUCCACCAAGAACUAAUUACUCGCUUCCAGCACAUUCAGUCCAGACUGGAAAAGGAGCACCUGGAAACAGAAGAGGUGAACAAGACCCUCAAAGCGACUCUUCAGGCUCUACUGGAUCUCAUUGGCGCUGAAGACUUUGACUUGUCAGAUGCGUUUCAGUCCAGCCAGUCUACGGAAUCCUUGAAAUCCACAGGAUCAGACACCAGCAGUAAAACAAGCACAGCCAAGAGACGGGCCAACCAGCAAGACACAGAGACCUUCUAUGUUUCAAAGCUACAGAAAUAUCUGGCAGGAAGAAGCACCAUCUGCAAAUUACAGUCAAAGCGUGACCGGCUCAAGGAAGCCAUAGACAAAGCUGCUGAGUUGCACAGUAAUGUCUCUGGGCCGCAGUCCAGCACCAGUAAGUCUCAGAGGUUGAAAAGGCAGCGACCGUCGUCCCAGUAUAACCAGAAACUGUUUAACGGGAAUUUGGAGGAAUUUGUGCAGAGCUCAGGAGAGACCAUCCCACGGGUUGUAUCCAGCUGCAUCCGAUUUAUAAACUUGCACGGCUUACAGCACGAAGGUAUAUUCCGCGUUCCGGGAUCACAGGUGCAGGUGAAUGAGAUCCGCAGUGCCUUUGAGAGAGGUGAGGACCCAUUAGACUCCAGCUACACUGGGAAUGACGUGGAUUCCGUGGCUGGCGUUCUCAAGCUGUACUUCAGAGGCCUGGAGAAGCCACUGUUUCCCAAUGAAGUGUUCCAUGACCUGCUGUCCAGUCUACAGCUAGAGCCUCAAGAUCGAGCUGUCCCUUUGAAGAAGUUGGUGUCUCAGCUCCCUACGAUUGUCAGCCUCGUCCUAAGAUACCUCUUUGCCUUCUUAAAUCAUUUGUCCCAGUACAGUGAUGAGAAUAUGAUGGACCCACACAACCUGGCAGUCUGCUUUGGCCCAACGUUGGUUUCUAUCCCUGAGGGACAGGACCCGGUGUCUGUACAGGCUCAUGUUAAUGAGGUUGUGAAGACCAUUAUCAUUUACCAAGAGCGGAUUUUCCCAGGGCCCACAGAACUGGAGGGCCCCAUAUAUGAGAAGUGCAUGACGGUGGAAGAGGAUGAAGAGUACUGUGACGUACUGGCCCUGGAGGCGACCAUUGAAGAGAGUGAUCAGGAAAUGCAGCAGGAGAUGGCGGUCAGCGAAGAUGAGUUAGACAUAGUGGAGGUUGUGGCAAAAUUCGACUACUCGCCCCGGACACCACAAGAGCUGUCAUUCAGAAAAGGGGACACGAUACUACUGUACAGCAAGGCCUGUGGCGACUGGUGGAGAGGGGAGUCCGCAGGGGUGCGCGGACUUGUCCCACACAAAUACAUCAGUAUACCUGAAGGAGCGGAAAAGAAACUGGAGCAACGAGCUCUGAAGAAGGAGACAGAGGCCACAGCACUCACCUCGGAGGAUAUUCUGGCUGAGCCCAGGUUACGGGUAAACUCUGACAGCGCCUGCUCGCCCAGAAAGCGCAGUGAGGGAAGUCCUAUCAGAAAACUGAACUCCCCUUUUAUAGAGGCACAGAGAAUUCCCUUUCCCAUAACCCCUUCUGGCCCAAGGCUGCUAGGCCACUUUGACAGGUUACCGGGAGAAAGGAGAACCUUGAUGGAUAGCGCUACAAAGGGGAGCAUUGGAGCUAAAAGCUGGCAGAAUGAUCGCCAGGGCAUAGAAGUAGACAAGAAUGUGACAAAGAACAUGGACAGCGUCUUCAAAGAGUUGCUGGGCAAAACCGUCCUGAGGCAGGUUGGACUGGAUGAACUGGGGGAUGCAUCUAAAGCAGGAAAACCUCCCGAGGCCAAACCCCCUGCCCCACCCAGCGCUAGUGAGCCUGUUCGGGGCAGCCCAGCGGUGAAAAAGGGGUCACACGGAAGAGCUGUUUUUGGGGUCCGAAGAUGAAUUGAUGACAUCAUCCAGAACUGAAGGCAAGAGGAACAAACAAUAAAAUCCUGGUUGCCACACUCGACUCCUUUUUGGGUCAUCUAGCUCCACUCAGCCGUGGGCGCGAGUUACCUUGGGACAGGAGUGUUUGACAAUUGUGGACUGACGUAUAAAACAUUUACCCUACAAGCUCUCCCGCAAUGCAUUUGUUACUAUGUGUCCGUGUUUGUUACCAUCCUAAACAGAAGCACAGUUGUGUGAAGCUAUAGUUGGGCUUCUCUCCCCUCUCCUCAGUAGAACCAGCAAGGGCAUCCGUCCAGCCAAUAGGGGAGCAAGGGUCGGAAGUUCCAACAUUUUCAGACUUUGUGGCACCUGAUCAAGUCCAUUCAUUUUUAUCCCACUGGUAUUUACGUCUACAGUCCCCCCCUUCAGCUACACUUUCAGGGCCGGAUAAAGCCAGCAGGGCGCCCACCUCUGAAAAUAAAAAAGCACAGCUCCUGUAAUAACACCACUGAUGAUCCCUGAUCUUUUAUCAUGAUCGCACAAUCAGCCAGCAUAAAAUUCAGUAUGUGACAGUUGGGAACAAAGUAGACAGACGUCUUUCACUUACUUGCAGCAUGGGGUAAUUUGCAUUAGGAACAAAAGUAACUUUAGGUGCACGCGAAGCAGCUUUGCAUAUUCUGAGAGACGGAGAAGCCAGUUGAUGCUACACCCACUCUCCUCAAUGUUAUUGCUUUCAUAAAAAUUCACUGUAUGUACCUGUAGCAUAUAAGCCAAUGAACAGGAUACGUUUUGCAGGAAAUUAGUAUGUAGGCCACUAGGUGGCACUAAAGAUCCCAGUACGAAAUUCUCUUCUAAACUGGUAACUCUUGGCCUGGUUAUGAGAUGGACGCAGUUGCAUUACUUUUUUUUCAGAUUCGCGGCUGCCAUAAUACGCAAAUGUCAUAUCCAGCCUUACCCUUGUGCAAUAAAGAGUUGUGGACAUUGCAACUACGUUGAUGUUCUGAACACUCCACCAUCGCGCAGACCAGACCAUUGACACUUGACAGUCUUCGGUCUGCUCAGUGUUUUCAUCGCAAAUUCCGAUAAACUUGGCCUCUGUGGCUGUGGAUCUAGUCUGGGAAUGCAGCUGCGUCACUGACACGCCUGUGACAUUCCCAUAACACAGCCAUAGGAUGGACUAUUUUUGCGAACACUUCAGACCACCUCCCAGUCACCACGCCAGAAACGGACAUGGCUAUGCGGCGCUGGCUCUAUUGCAAGCGAUUCCGUAUGCAGCAGCAGUCUCUGUGUAUACAUAGUGGUACGCAUGCACCGUAGGGGUAUUGCAGGACUUUCUGCGCAGUAGCAAAUAAUUGCUCAGCUGCGCAAACAUCGGCGCUGCGUCCACCUCAAGCCCAUGUAUAUGGCUAAGGAACACGUUCGUUGUAUAAAUUCAUUCCAAUCACUAAAGCAGAUAAGCAGUUGGCUGAAAGGAGAGGGACCACGCUAGAAUGCUUAUCUUAUUGUACAGUGAGAAACACAUUGCAAUUACCAAGUUAAUAUAGAGGGUGUGUACAUUUAAUCUGCUUGGUAAGUGAUCACAAAUGUGAUACUUUUACUUUAGGAUCAACACAAAGGAUCAUUUACGUACUAUGACAAAAGCGCGUUUUUUUUUUUUACUAUUAAUUGCGCAACUGUGGCUAAUUGUCUACCAAAUGCAUAUCUAGCUACACGCCCACUUCCUGCAAAUACUGUAUAGUGGGAGGGGGGGGGGGGGGGUGUUGGACCUAUUUGUGCAUUUGAAUAUUCUACGGAGAAUGUGCUACUCGGAAAACGGAAAAUCGUUGCUGCAAAGUCCAGUCUGGGUCCCCUUUUGGACAGUCCCCUUCAUGCUUUUCAACUUUAUUCUCACUGUGUAUCCUGAAGUGCUACUCAGUUUUGGCUUAUGUAUGCCGUAAAUUAAUCCAAGAGUGGGAGGGGGUCAAAAUUGUCACAUUUGUGUGAUUGAAGAGUUUAUUACAUAGGCUAUAAAGCAUUUACAAUUGCACUUACCCACACAAGUACAACUGGUAGUUACAAAAUAUGUUCUGUUAAAGGUAGCAGGAUGAUUCAAAUCCAUUUGUGGGGGGAGGUCUGUACUUCUUUCCAUAAAAACACAACGCCUCCCUUCCCAUACCUGAUCAUUUAAAUAAUCUCACCCCCAAAAUGAAGCUUUGAGAAUGAUUCGAGUUAUGAUGGCACGAUAAAGCGAAACGUGAUGACAGAUAUCUUAAACUUACCUCCUGCACGGGCACUUCUGCAGUGGAGGCCACGAAGUACAAAAUAAUGACUUAAUGGAGUUUUCUUUCAUAUAUUGGCUUGCACAUGCCCUCCAGCAAAUUUUUCAAAAUACAUUGUGCUUGUUUUUUUUAUUUAUUUAUUUUUAUUUUGUGGAUUUGAUAAAGGAUUUAUGGCAUCCGGUAGAUGUAUUUGUUUAUGUUGCCUCUGAAUAUAAAUAUAUCUAGAGCUCAGCAGAACUGUCUUGUACCAAAGGACAACACAAGCAAACAAGUCUGACGGAUGAUAUAAAGACAAUGGCUAAAAAGCACAGAAGGGGGCUAAAAAAAACAAAAAAGCAAUCCGUUUCACAAAAGGUUGCAAGAUAGUACAUGCAAAGUAAUAAAAUAGACAUCGGAAGGUGGAGUAUCCUUUUUCUCGUUUUAUUUAUUUUAUCUGGGCAUAUUUACAGUAUAUAAAGAAGACCUAUGUAACGAUAUAAGUAUAUAAUGCAUACUUACAGCCAAGAGGUUAUUGCGACAUCUCCAGCACAAUAAAAUAAAUGAAAGAGACAAACCAUUUAUUUUUUAUUGUUACAGGAAUGAGAUAGUCAGAUAAAGCAGAUCUCCCCAUAUUAAUAUCACAACAGACAGCGGACUUUGGAGCUCACACUUUUGUGACUUUAACGGCUCUUGUGGUUUUGUUUGGAUCCCUGCUUGUGAUAAGUCUCUUUGCUGUAUGUUGGUGAUUUCCACCCUUGUUGCCCACCCGUCCUUGCUUUUGCCCAGCAUUACGUGUAACAAAGCAUUCUGGCAGUCUGUUUCCGCCACACCAGUAUCCCAUGAUCCUCUGCUUGGGGUGCCUUAUUGUACCCCUCCUUACGUAAUCCUGAUCACAGUUACUAUGACAAUUAAAUUGGGGGAGAAUGAUGUGAGCCUAAUUUGAGGUGGUUGUGUAGUCUUGAAAGAACGUCUCCACGUUGAUCAUGGAAUUUUUGUGGCUAUUAUACAUAAGACAAUAUGACAGAAGCCUUGUAUUCUAUACCCUUACUACAGUUCUCACCAAAAUACAGCUGUUUGUGCAUACAGACAAAUGCAAAUAAAAUACGGUAUUUAAACUCUC